CGCACCGCAUCGCCAGUGUUUGAGCCAAAAAGCCGAAGCGAAACGAAAAUAGAAAAUACCAAAUGGCUUUCGUUUUGCAGCAAGUGCACGCGACUAGGUGAAAACAAAAAAAUGGGCAAAAAAAAAUCUAUAUAUAUAUAUAUAAAUCGCAAAACAAAAUCAAUUUGCAGCAUGAACAUCUUUUUAAUUGUUUCUGCCAGCGAUUUCUAAAACUGAUUGGACCGCUUCUCGCUAAAAUUUCACUCAUUUCUACGGACGGUUUGCUUUUUGUGCGGGGCAUAAUAAAUGGUUUAAAGAGUUUUCAGAGCGUUGCAUUCGAUGCGCCCAUCAUCGCACCUCAAAUCCCCACACCAAUCCGCCCCAUGUGCAUGUAUUGACACGCCAAUUAGUGCAUUUAUAAUUCAUGACGUGGGUUAAUUGCUACACUUAAGCCCAACUAAACGACCAACGAUUGGGGGCUGUAAGAACUUUAAGACGAAACCAAACCUUAUCUUGAAAAACAGAUAACAGAUAAUGUGGUUUAUGGUUAAGUUCUCUGGCUGUGAAUCAGUUUAGGAUACAGCUUGGCGAUGGUAACGACACAGCGGACCAAAGAAUUGUGUCAAACAGUUCGGCUGAAGUCAACACAGGUGUUUAUUGUGGCCGGAACAUGUUUGGUAACGUUGCUGGUCACAUUGGUCUGCAUUGGACUUAUGACCCGAUACGAGGUGCAGAACGAGGUGGCCAACGUGGCGGAUGUGGACUAUUGGAAGGACAAGGUGGCGCCCUCGCAGAAAAUCUGGUAUGAUAGGGGCAUUGAGGAGCUCAACGAGGCGCUGAGAUCUCCUUCGGGUCCAAUUUACCCCAAAAACGUAAGGAUAUUUCUGGUUCAGGGUGUCGAUGGCAGAGACUUGGCUGCAUACAGAUUUUCCGCCACAGAUUUUAGCCAGGGAAAUACUAACUUUGUUUGGGAUCAGUUUCCCCAUUUGGCUCGCUUGAAGAACAGCUGUAGUCAACAGAUUCCGUGCGAAGUGGCAAGAGUUUCCAAAGCAUUCUGGGCGGGAAUACCUUUGGAAAGCGUCCCUCGAUUUCAGCCAGAUUGCGGGCACUUGGCCAACGCAACGGAUAACGUGCUUAGUGUUCUUCGCCAGGCUCAAUUAGUUGGUUUGCGUACAGGCUUUGUGACCACUCAAAGGAUUACAGGUGCCACGGCAGCCGCGCUCGGUAAUACCAACUCCAACUACGAAUGCGAUGAAAGAAUGCCUCUGGGCUCAUCCAAGUCCGGCUGUCUGGAUAUAGCACGUCAGCUAAUUUCUGGCCAGACUGGUCGAUCACUCAACGUAAUCAUCGGUGGCGGCAGGCAAAUGCUCAAUAGUGUGGUUCCCAAAACCAGAUCGGACCCUGUGGAUGAACUGCUCUGCGAGUCCAGCGAUGGACGCAAUCUGCUCAAGGAGUGGAGAAGCCACAAGCUCAGGCAGAGCAAAAUCAGUCCAAUAAAAUUUGAAUUGGUUCAGCGAACCGAUGAGCUGGAGUCCUUGAAUGCCAGCAACUUUGACUUCCUGUUGGGUGUAAUGGCAAAUGGAGAUUUGAGUGGGAAUGCCAAGGCCCCAAGCCUAAAAUUAAUGGUGGAAAGAUCACUGCAAGUGCUGAAAAAGCAAGACCAAGGCUACCUACUGAUAGUGGAGCAGUUUAUUCAGUCGGGCAUGGACAAAAGAAAGCAGCUGCUGCUGCUGAACGAAACGCUAGUUGAUCUUCACACGGAUCAGGAUACUCUAACUCUAGUUCUCAUGACCAAUGCAAUCUAUCCAAAACCAAUCCUGGAUGUGAGCGAAGAAACAGAGACAAUCAGUCACCUCUCGGAUUCUUUCAAUGAACCGGAAUUUCAAAUCCAACAGAGACUACAUCAAAUGCCAUCGGAGAGCUUACUUUUUGCUCGGGGACCCAAGUCUUCCAUUUUUCAUGGUGUUCGAAAGGAAUCGUUCCUGGCACACGCUGUAUCCCAUGUCCUAAGCAGGAGUAUAGCUAUUCCUUGACACUUAAGGGUCUCUUAUAGUUUUUCCUGGCAAAGAAAUCUUCUUUAAAGGAAUCGCUUAAAAAUGUAAUAUUUAAAAUGUAUAUUUUGUCAGUACACAGUCAAGGUUGUGAAGUUAUGUGAACCAAAACUUAUGUAUUUUAGUAAGCCUCAAACCAAAUAAUUAGCUAGAUGGAAAAAAUCAAAGCUUCACAUCUAAAAAAAACCUGUUGAAAUGGUGAUUUAUUUAUUGAAUAAAUUAAAUAUUUUUUAAA